GCAUUUUCUGCAUAUCAUAAUGUCAUAGCUGAUGGUGGGCCUUCCUGUUUCUUGAAGAGACUUUGUAAUUUGAUCCCUGCUUUGGUGCUGCCAGACCAGUGAGACUUCUAAUCACAGUUCAACAAGUUGUCACACAGAACUGACAGACUUGAACUGGAGGAGGGAAGAUGAUGACCUCAGAUGAGCCACGGAAGACGGUCAAUAACCCGAUGAUUCCAUAUGUUGGGACAAUUCUUGGUGGCCUUGUUCCUGGAGAGCUGGUUGUAAUACAUGGGAGUGUUCCUGAUGAUGCAGACAGAUUCCAGGUAGAUUUUCAGUGUGGCAGUAGCAUAAAGCCUCGUGCGGAUGUGGCCUUUCAUUUCAACCCCCGCUUCAAAAGAUCUGGCUGCAUUGUUUGCAACACACUGGAGAAAGAAAAAUGGGGCUGGGAGGAGAUCACUUAUAAGAUGCCCUUUCAAAAGGGGAAGUCAUUUGAAAUUGUCAUCAUGGUUUUGAAGGAUAAAUUCCAGGUGACUGUAAAUGAGAAGCACUUGCUGCUAUACAACCACAGAAUUAGCCUUGAAAGAAUAGAUACUCUUGGGAUAUAUGGCAAAGUGCGGAUCAAAAGUAUAAAUUUUAUUUGUAAUUCUUUACAAGGCACUCGGCCAUCAUCUCUAGGAAUAACAAAGAUAAACACAGAAAAUGGGGAAAUGCCAGAUGAUUCACUGUUCGGAGUUCCUUAUGUUGGCCGACUCGAUUCUGCGCUUCAUCCAGGACAUACAGUUGCUAUUAAAGGAGAAGUGACCAAAAAUGCAAAUAGCUUUGCUAUAAACUUGAAAUCAAGCGACUCAAAGGACAUUGCAUUACAUCUGAAUCCCCGAAUGAAGACUCAAGUUUUUGUAAGAAAUUCUUACCUCCAUGACAGCUGGGGAGAAGAAGAAAAGGAGGUUGCCAAUUUCCCUUUCAGUCCAGGAAUGUACUUUGAGCUGAUAAUUUUCUGUGAUGCCCAUCAGUUCAAAGUUGCUAUUAAUGGUGUGCACACACUGGAGUACAAGCAUCGCUUUAAACAGCUUGAAAAGAUCAACCUGCUGGAAGUAACGGGAGAUAUUCAAUUGCUAGAUGUCAGGAGCUGGUAGUUCCUUUCAAUCAGUACUAAAAGAAGUAACCAUAUUCUCUUGACAGUUCUUUCUUUCUUGUCAAGUACAAACUGGUGCUGACUCAUCCUCAGCCUGUCUUUAUCUAUUCAGGCUUAUGUAUCUGCCUGUCUGAUUUAGGUGAGUACCAGAACUGCUAAUUCUGAGAUCAAAUCUCCCCCUAGUUUACAGUAUCCUGGCAAGAUAAGUGUCUGCUCAGAUCACCUCUACUGCUGAACAUAGCAAUAUAAAAAUGCUGCAUCAUACUGUGCCUAACAACUGCACUCUGUGUGUUUAAGUUAAACUACUACUAGUCAUUCCUUAAUAGCAUACAUUAAAUACUGUGAAGUAGAAACUAGCCUGAAGUAGGAUCUAAAACUAUAACUGUCCACUGCUUAUGGGCCAUUACCUGGUCAUUUAAAAUAGAAUUACAAAAAAUAGGCUCCUGCUUCAAGUUUUGCUAGUAAUUGUAAUUUUUUUGCCAGGGCUAGAUUAAGCAACCAGUUGACCAUCAGUUCUUGGGAAAGGCAAGGAAGAAUUUGAUCCUACUUCUUAGCCAUGAACAUCAGAGAGGAUACCACUGCAGUAGCAGGCUCUGCCAACUCUGCUUCUAACAGGCUUAGAUCAAUGAUACAGAAACAUUUCUAGCUUUCAGCUUUCCAAAAUGAAGCAAAUAAAAGUGCUAGUUUAGAUCUUGUGAGCUUCUGAAAACCCUUUAUUUGAUCUGAAAGGGCUCCUAGAACUGAGUUGAGAAUGCUCAGGCACUGAAGCAGAUGUUUCUGAUUCCGUUUUAAAAUGUGUGAACCCAGGUGCUCCAGGCAGGAUUUCGUUUGAGGUGAAACUUGGAUAUUCAUCAGUGAAACAGAGAAUGAAUCCUUUUUCAGAUUCUUGUAUUAAAAGGCUAUCUGAAACAAGCUCUUCCUAUUCAGUUUUCCUUACAAAUAGUCUUAAUUUUUAUACUGUUAUUUUUAGAAGUACCUGUCAGUACAUGUUCAAAAGAUGUUCCUAUUUAUCUUAGUAUCUGCUAAAAGACUAAAGCAAUUUCAAGAAUAAGAUGUACCUGAAAAGAAAUACUACUGGCUUUGAUGUAUAAAAAUUGUAAAUGAAAAUAAAACUUACAAACUUUGUUUUUCUUCAGGAGUAGCUAAGUAGCUGUGAGCCGCCUUUGUCUGUGUCGUGUCUUGUCUUGCUUACUGUCUUACCCGUAUGUGCAAUGGUGAGUUUUGGGGACAAAAUCAUUAACAGCAUAAUUUAAAAUGAUCUAAUAGGUGGCAGUCUCAAA